GAUUUGGCUUUUUUCUUCGUAUCAGGCGUGCUGAGUAAAGACUGCAGAUGCAGGAGUUUCGAUUCCAAAGGUAGUGGAUACGUCCGUAGUGAAGCCGUAUGCACAAUACUAUUGCAGAGAGCAAAGGAUGCGAAAAGAAUUUAUGCACAAGUCGUACACUCAAAGAGCAACUGCGAUGGCUACAAAGCACAGGGUAUUACGUUUCCUUCCUCACAAGUACAGAAAAUACUCUUGACUGACGUGUACAAGGAAUGCAAAGUAUCUCCCCAUGAAUUGGCUUACCUGGAAGCUCACGCUACCGGAACUGUCGUGGGCGACCCUGAGGAAUUAAACGCGAUAGAUCAAGUAUUUUGUCAGGGCAGAAAUACACCCCUCAAAAUUGGUUCUAUUAAGUCGAAUAUGGGUCACACAGAAGCUUCCAGUGGUCUUUGUUCUGUGAUUAAGGUCAUCAUUGCGAUGGAAAGCGGUUUAAUUCCACCAAAUUUGCAUUUUACAAGUCCAACGAAGGGUGUGAAAUGUUUCGAGGAAGGAAAACUUCAAGUAAUUACGGAACCAACUCCAUGGGAGGGUGGCUACGUAGGAGUGAACUCGUUCGGUUUCGGUGGCGCAAAUGCUCACGUUUUGCUGAAAUCGUUCACGAAGGAGAAAGUGAACAAUGGAGCACCUUCUGAUGAUUUGCCUCGAUUGGUAGCAGUAUCUGGUCGCACAGAAGAAGCAGUGAAAACACUUCUCGACUAUGUGGAAAGUAUUCCAGUGGACGUAGAAUAUAUCCGACUUUUACACGAUAUACAUAACGAGGAAAUAUCGGGACAUUUGUUCAGAGGCUAUACACUCGUUAAUUCCACAUCAGGAAGACCAAUCAAAGAGAUCCAACAAUAUCCUGGCGUGAAAAGGCCAAUUUGGUUUGUCUUUUCUGGAAUGGGCUCCCAGUGGCCUGGCAUGGGCGAGGCAUUGAUGAAGUUCCCAAUUUUCUAUAAAGCUAUUCAAAAGUGCGAUGCAGUGUUGAAGCCGCACGGUGUGGAUAUCUUCGAUAUUCUUACUAACAAGGAUAAGAAGACUUUCGAUAAUAUCUUAAAUUCGUUCGUUGGGAUCGCCGCAGUCCAAAUCGGUCUUGUUGAUCUGUUAACAUCCGUGGGCAUCGAACCGGAUAAUAUAAUCGGGCACUCUGUCGGAGAACUCGGUUGCGCAUACGCUGAUGGAUGUUUUACGGCUGAACAAAUGGUGCUCGCAGCAUAUUCUAGGGGUUUAGCAUCCAUAGAAACUAAAAUGAUUCGAGGUUCUAUGGCUGCAGUUGGUCUUGGAUACAAGGAAAUAAAGGACAUGUGUCCACCUGAUAUAGAAGUUGCUUGUCACAACAGCUCUCAGAGCUCCACUAUAAGUGGACCAGCUGAAUCAAUGAAGAAGUUCGUUGCAGAAUUAACGGCGAAAAAUAUCUUCGCCAGAGAAGUGGCGUGCAGCAACAUUGCAUAUCAUAGUCGAUAUAUUGCCGAGGCGGGAACAAAAUUGUUGGCAUAUUUGAAAAAAGUGAUUCCCGAACCAAAACGCAGGAGCUCCAAAUGGUUGAGCAGUUCUGUACCUCAGACUGAGUGGUCUAAAGAAUCUGCCAAAUACUCAUCCGCUGAGUAUCAUACAAAUAACUUGUUGAACUCGGUAUUAUUCGAGGAAACUGCUGCAAUGAUCCCGUCUGACGCGAUAGCUAUAGAAAUCGCGCCCCAUGGACUUCUACAGGCGAUCGUGAAAAGAUCGCUGGGUCCUAACGUAGUAAACGUACCGCUAACUCUGAGAGGAUACAACGACAAUGCAGAAUACUUUUUACAAGCCCUUGGAAAAUUAUACAAUGCUGGUUUGCAACCACAAUUGGCGAAUCUUUAUCCAUACGUAGAAUUUCCGGUUAGUCGUGGUACUCCCAUGAUCUCGCCCUACGUUAGAUGGGAGCACUCUGAAGAUUUAUUUGUAUUAAAACUUGGCUCAAGCGAGAACAUAACAACGGCAGAAAGGAAUGUUGAAAUAGUAAUUUCAAACAACGAUUUUAAGUAUAUGGCUCAUCACGUAAUUGAUGGAAGAAACUUGCUUCCAGCCACGGGAUACUUGGUUCUGGUCUGGGAAACAUUUAGUAUGAUGCAAGGAAAGCUUAUGAAUGAAUUAUCAGUGAUUUUCGAAGAUGUGAAGUUUGAACGUGCAUCUAACAUUUCUUCGCCAGUUUUCUUAUCAAUCAUGAUCCAUAGAGGUUCCGGGAAAUUCGAGAUAUCAGAAAAGUCUACAACUGUUGUGACGGGAUCGAUCCGUGAAAUGUCGAAUCCCUCAGAAGAAAUGAUUGAUGUUAAAUACUUGAAAUCAGUCGAGACCGAUGAACCGCUCACUAGCAAAGAUAUAUACAAGGAACUGAAACUUCGUGGGUACGAAUAUACUGAAAUAUUCUGUAGCUUGAAAAGUGCAUCCAUCAGGGGCACCAGAGGACGUAUUGCUUGGUACGAAAAUUGGGCUGCAUUUAUGGAUAACAUGUUACAAAUACAGAUAUUGGGACUCGAUACUAGAGCUCUGUACGUACCAACAGGCAUACAAAAAUUGGCGAUAGACGUGAAAGCUCACAGUAAAAUAAUUCAACGUCUCACCGAAGAUAGUAAAGAAAUUCCAGUAUCUGUGUACAAAGAUUACAAAGCAGUAAUAGCCGGAGGAAUUGAAAUGCGCGGAAUAGAGGCUAAUAGUAUUCAACGACGAAAACCAAUGGCUGAGCCAGUUUUGGAAGAAUACAAGUUCGUCGCUAACCGUGAUAACGCGCAAACACCCUUAGCAGACAUGAUAAUAUUAUCCACCCAACUAGCGUUAGAAAGUCACAUAACAACUACUCCAAAGAUUCUUGAAAUAAUUCAUGAAGAAGAGAAGGUUCCAAUUGCAGAAACUCUUUGCCCUAUUUUCAUGAAAGUUCUAAGUAAUUUACCAAUGGUUCGCCCAAAUUUGAUUCUAUGUGCAAAAGCGAGUCGAAGUGAAGAAUUAUCACUUUCCGAGAAUGUUACGGUAAUUGAAGAAAAUAAAUUGCCGCAAGACGCGAGUGUCUUCAUGGCAGCUGCAUGCGAUAUUAUAAGCAGCAAAAGGUCAGACAUUCUAGAGCAGCUAAUACACGCAACAGAAGAUAAGGGAUUUAUUCUCCUUCAAGAGAGCGGUAUUAAUAAAGAUACAUUUCCCUUCCUUAAAUCAUGCGGGCUGAACAUCGUUUUAGAGAAAAGUCUCAAUAAGCAGACUUUACUGCUUCUGAAGAAAGAAGAGAAGCCACCUCAGAAAACAGAGGUAGUGCACGUAAACAAUAAUGAAUUCAGUUGGAUUGAAAAGGUGAAAAUGAUUAUGAAGAACGAGAAAGAUAAAAAAACUAAUGAAACAACAAGACUGGUGCUAGUUGCCGAAGGAGAUAUGGAGAAUGGUUUAUUAGGUAUGGUCAAAUGUUUGAGAAGAGAACCUAAUGGUGAAAUUGUCAAGGCUGUAAUAAUUCAAGAUAAGAAUGCACCAAAGUUUUCAUUAAACGAUCCAUUUUACUCUGAACAACUGGACCUAAACAUUGCUUAUAAUGUUUUAAGACCGGGUAGAAUUUGGGGUACUUACAGACACGUACCAUAUCCGGAAGUGAAGCCAAUUCCAGUUCCACAUGGAUAUGUCAACUUAAAAGUAAGAGGAGAUUUGAGUUCCAUUCAGUGGAUGCAGGGUCCAAUACAACCUGAUGCGAAGUACGAUAAUAUCGUGAAGGUGGUGUACGCUUCUUUGAACUUUAGAGAUGUGAUGCUAGCUACGGGAAAACUAAUGCCAGAAGCCAUAGCAAGCAAAAGAGAAAGUACAGACUGCUUAAUCGGCUUCGAAUUCAGCGGCAUCGACUCCAAUGGUCGGCGAGUAAUGGGCUUUGUAGAUAGCAAGGCUAUAUCGAAUCUAGUCACUCCUGAUAAAUUAACUGUGUGGCCAGUACCAGAUGAGUGGUCCCUCGAAGAUGCAGCAACAAUUCCGUCUGCCUACUUCACCGUACUCUACGCUUUCUUCUACUUCGGGAAAUUAAAAAAAGGGGAAAAGGUACUGAUCCAUGCAGGAAGUGGUGCUGUAGGUCAGGCAGCGAUCAACGUGGCCCUCGCAGAAGGUUGCGAGGUGUUCACUACAGUGGGCACGCCCGAAAAACGCAAGUUCAUUAAGGAAACCUUCCCCAGCAUAGAUGAUGAUCAUAUAGGAAACUCUCGAGAUACUAGUUUUGAACAGAUGGUGAUGGAACAGACGCACGGAAAAGGUGUCGAUGUAGUUUUAAAUUCUUUAGCUGAAGACAAACUCCAAGCAUCUGUUAGAUGCUUGGGUUACCGCGGCCGUUUCUUAGAAAUUGGUAAAUUCGAUUUGGCUUCUAAUAAUAAAUUGGGAAUGAAGAUAUUUUUGAAAGAAAUAACUUUUCAUGGAGUUUUAUUGGAUGGCGUGAUCAGCGGUAUUUCGCCUGUUCUACAAGAAGAAAUGUAUAAUUUUCUUAAUAAACAAUUGAAAGAUAGGGCUAAAGCUAUCAAUCCGCUAGUACGGAAAACCUUCCAGAAGGAUCAGUUGGAAGAAGCAUUCAGGUACAUGGCAGCCGGAAAGCAUAUUGGAAAGAUUGUAAUUAAAAUAGCAGGCGAAGAGACUCCUCUAGAUACUCGAGUUCUUGCUUAUCCUCGUUUCAACGCUAUGAGAGACAAAAGCUACGUGCUUGUUGGUGGUUUAGGUGGACUUGGUCUUGAGCUUGCGGACUGGCUCGUUUUACGUGGUGCUAAGAACUUAGUAAUGGUUUCCAGAAAUGGAAUAAAAACUGGGUAUCAGAGACUGAGGACAGAAGUAUGGAAAUCCUAUGGCGUGAAGGUUCAAAUUAUUUCCGGCGCAGAUGCAUCAAAAACGGACGACUGCGAAUUCAUUUUACGAUCCGCAGAGAAACAGGCACCUGUCGAUGGUAUCUUUAAUUUGGCAGCUCUCUUGAAAGAUUGUCUAAUGGAAAACCAAACAGCAAAAUUGUUUGAAGAGAGCAUGAAACCAAAGGCCAAAAUCACUAAGAAAUUGGACGAAGUUUCAAGGAAAACUUGUCCAAAACUUCGAUACUUCGUAGUCUUUUCUUCCCUGUCGUGUGGAAGGGGAACUGCUGGACAAACUAAUUAUGGUAUGGGAAACGCCGUGUUGGAGAGAAUUUGCGAAAGAAGAGUAGAAGAAGGCCUUCCUGGCAUGGCAAUUCAGUGGGGAGCAGUCGGAGAUGUCGGUCUUGCAGCUGACAUGUUGGAAAAUAGGCAGCAAUUAGAAAUUGGUGGAACAUUGCCCCAAAGGAUAUCAUCGUGUUUGGAAGAAUUCGAUAAAUUUAUGUGUCAGUGUAGACCAAUCGUAGCUUGCAUGGUAGUGGCAGAGAAACAAUCCAGGACUCGAGAAGCAACCAGUAUUCUUGAAACGGUGAUGAAUAUUAUGAAUAUAUCGAACCUAAGAACUGUAGGCCAGAAUACACCUUUGCCUGAAAUAGGCUUGGAUUCAAUGAUGGCCACAGAGAUAAGACAAACUCUGGAGAGAGACUUUGAGAUAGCUCUAACGCUACAGGAUGUCAGGAACCUAACUAUAGCUAAAUUGACAAAAAUGUCAACUGAUAAUGCCACGAAAGUAACGAAAAAAAGUACAGAAAGCUUUACAGACAAUAUCCCAUACAUUGAAGAGAAGUGGUGGUCAAACAUUCCUUCGUUAAUAAAUGAUCAGUAUUGUAUAGAACAGCCUGUCGUAUGUCAUGAGCAGAAGGACGAGAUAUUCCUGAUACCUGGUAUCGAAGGAUCAGCUAACACAUUCAUUUCGCUAGCACCGAAUUUAAAAUCACCUGCUGUUUGUUUAAGAGUAAAAAUAACCGAUAAGGUUGAAAGUAUAGAGGACAUAGCUGAUCUCCUUCUGCCUCUCGUUUUAGCGAGGUGUAAAGGUCGAAAAAGCUUUGUGGUUGUCGGAUAUUCGUUCGGAUCACUAAUAGCUAUAGAAUUAGUAAGAAGAUUGGAAGCUCGCUCCUUAACUGGGCAACUUAUAUUAAUAGACGGUUCUCCCGAUUACACGAAAGCUAUAAACACUACACUUUUCGCAGCUGCAACAGCAGAUGAAAAGCAGAAUAAAUUUUUGACUUAUGUAAUAAGUAAGACAGGUUCCUCUACUAUCGCAGAGUUUAUGACAGAGUUGGACAAGUCCAAAACUUGGAACGACAAGUUAAAUGCUGGAAUCAAAUAUUUGCCAGAUGUAAUUCAAAAGUACUCGACGGAAACCGUAAAAGCACUUAUUUCAUUUAUAUUCAAACGUUCCUGUUUAACAGAGGCGUACAAUCCUUCUUCAUCGGCACCUCUUAAAACACCUAUCACGUUACUAAAACCGACAGUUCAGUCUGUACAGAUCCCGGAUGCAGAUUAUGGUCUCAGCAAGUUGACGCAAGGAAAAAUGAUAGUGCACAAGCUCAAAGGAGAUCACGUAUCAAUCUUGGAAAACGUAAAAGUUGCUCAGGCCAUAAAUGGCGAACCUUUCGAUAAUUGAGUGAGAAAGUAUAUGAAUAGGGAGACUGGAAUACAUGAAAACGGGUGAAGUGGCAAUGAAGUUUUUCAUAACAACAGAGUCAUAGUGUAAUAAAUAUUCUUCAUUAUUCAUAAUCUUGAAAGUAUCUUUUGACACAUUUGGUAAUUGAGAGUAUAAUAUUUUUAAUAGUAUAAGCUGAAUAAUAUUUUUGAGGAAGAUAAAUAAUCGACUGAUUAUACAAAUAUUUCCUGUUUGCAAAACAGUCGCUUAUUUAUGUUCCUUAAAAAUAUUAUUCAGCUUAUAUUAUUAAAAAUAUUAUACUCUCAAUUACCAAAUGUGUCAAAAGAUACUUUCAGGAUUAUGGAUAAUAAAGAAUCUUUAUUACACUCUCUUGUUAUAAAAAACUUCAUUGCCACUUCACCCGUUUCCAUGUAUUCCAGUGUCCCUAUUCACAUACUUUUUUAUAUUAUUUGAUUAGUGUAUUAAAUACAAAUCAUACUGCAUACACACAAAACACAAGGAACAACAAAACAAGUAUACAAUAAUUGUUAGUAUUUUGUCCAUAAUAGUUACAAUAAUACUGAAAAUUUCAUAUUAAAUCAAUAGACGUAUUUAUUACACAGCAA